AUGCAUUUCAGGGCUGGGGGUCCCAACACUCAGCGAUCCCUGCGAAUGAUCUAUGGCAAACGCCACAGGCAUACCAACUGGCCCAACCAUCCCUCAUCACCGCAAACUUAUGAUUGCAAAGAUGCGAGUCCGUCCCCUUUGAAGCUCCUUGCUGAUCUCCCGAGUCCGUCAAGCGUGCUGGGCUUGGCAGUACUUGAAACUCCCGCGGGCUUUGCCGAGGGAGCUGGCUCAAAAGGCACGGCCGUCCCAGCACAUCAUCAUCAUGCAUCUCAGAUCAUGCGCAUUGGCCAUGACGGUCAUUCUCCUGCUGGCAGCAGGGCAUGCGGUGGACGCUGUUAA